CUCAGGUUCGUUGUCAAAGGCAGCCUGGCUGGAGGUGCCAUGUACGUGGCGUAUGAUCAGGGGCUGCUGGGGAAUGGCAGUCAAGGAGCAGAGGCCCUCAAAAAGGCUCGAGCAGCGCUGCCUCCAGCUAUACAGGAAUGGACGAAUUACACAGGCUGGGAGCUUCCAUCCACUCCAAAAUUUGACUUUUCUGUCUCUGAAUCCUGGAACACAGGAGUUCAGGCCACCAUGUCUGCUCUAUCUGUAGCUCCCACCAAGGUCCAUGAAUACACCCAGGAUGGCUGGAAGUACAUGAAGAACCUCAUCAAAUGAACAUUCUCUCUCUCCAGCAUUUGCUGUUUCCUCCAUGCUACUGUCUCAGGGAUGAGAUGUAGUACACCCCACUAGAGGGCAGCUCAGCCAUGCAAAGGCUCCAAUAAAAGACUCUGGAACUUCC